AUGAAUAUGCAGCAUGUAUUGCAAAGAAAUAAGAUGAAGCCUCCUCUGCAGGUUAGCCAGUGGACUGAUGAAUCACCCACUGGAGCUGGACAGGGCAUCACUACCAGGGUGUAUAACUGCAAUCGCUGUACAUUCAGUACAACGGUUAUAUAUUCUCUGAAGAGACACAACCUAAAGCACACAGGAGAAAAGCCAUAUGUGUGUCUGAUUUGUCCAUACAAGACAGCAAGGAAAGAUAUCUUGAAGGAACAUACAAUGACGCAUUCAAAGGAGAGGCCUUUCAAGUGUGCACACUGUUCAUACAGAGCUACGCAGAAGAAUGUUUUGAGGGCUCAUAUUCGUACACACACUGGGGAGAGACCAUAUGCGUGUUCAAUUUGUCCUUAUCGGGUGGAGCUGGAAUCAAACUGCCAGUGGCACGAAGGAAGAGGCAGCACAGGCGCUUGGCAGGGCCUCUCUUCCUCCAGCAGUGGCCACCAGUGUCCUCAUUGCCCCUACAACACAACUGAAUCUAAUAAGCUGAAGAGGCAUAUUCUGAAGCACACAGGAGAGAAGCCAUUUUCGUGUCCCUAUUGUUCGUACCGAGCUGCAAGGAAAGAGCUCUUAAAAGAUCACAUCAACAUACACACUGGAGAAAGGCCUUAUACUUGUCCAUAUUGUCCAUACAGUUCUUCUCGUAAGAACAUUUUGAAGGUCCACAUUCGUCGACAUACAGGAGAAAAGCCUUAUGCAUGUGUGCACUGCCCAUAUCGUGCUGCUCAAAAAUCAAAUUUGAAUAAUCACCUUUUAACCCACAAAAUGAGUGAUUCAGCUUUACACUGA